GCGGCGCAAUCGGCCCCUCCUCGCCGCAGCGGAGCUGGACCGCAGCUGCCCCGCCGACCAUGCGCCGCCUCCCACGGGCCCUGCUGCUGCUGCGGCUCGCCCUGCUGGUGGCCGAGGGCGCCCCGGAGGCGCUGGUGAGCGCGCCGCGGAGCCUGGUGUGGGGGCCCGGGCUGCAGGCGGCCGUCGUCCUGCCGGUCCGCUAUUUCUACCUGCAGGCGGUCAACUCGGAGGGCCAGAACUUCACUCGCGCGCCCCCAGGUCAAACACCAUUCAAAGUAGUAGUCAAAUCUCUUUCACCUAAAGAGCUGGUCAGGAUUCAUGUCCCUAAACCUUUGGACAGGAAUGAUGGAACAUUUUUAAUGAGAUAUAGGAUGUAUGAAACUGCCAAUGAAGGGCUGAAGAUAGAGGUCCUUUAUGGUGAUGAACAUGUGGCUCAGUCUCCCUAUAUUUUGAAAGGACCAGUAUACCAUGAGUACUGUGAGUGUCCAGAAAAUCCUCAGGCCUGGCAGAAAACUCUUUCUUGUCCAACCAAAGAACCGCAGAUUGCAAAAGAUUUUGCUUCCUUUCCCAGCAUCAAUCUCCAGCAAAUGCUAAACGAAGUCCCCAAAAGGUUUGGGGAUGAGAGAGGUGCCGUUGUUCAUUACACAAUUCUCAAUAACCACAUUUACCGGAGAUCUUUAGGGAAAUACACGGACUUCAAAAUGUUCUCUGAUGAGAUUUUGUUAUCACUGACAAGAAAGGUCCUCCUCCCAGAUUUAGAAUUUUAUGUUAAUCUUGGAGAUUGGCCUUUGGAGCAUCGAAAAGUCAAUGGAACCCCCAGCCCCAUACCUAUCAUUUCAUGGUGCGGCUCUCUGGAUUCAAGAGAUAUUGUCCUUCCAACAUAUGACAUCACCCACUCCACGCUUGAAGCCAUGAGGGGUGUUACAAAUGAUCUCCUCUCUAUUCAGGGAAAUACAGGGCCUUCCUGGAUCAAUAAAACAGAGAGAGCUUUCUUCAGAGGUAGAGACAGCCGAGAGGAGAGGCUCCAGUUGGUACAGCUGUCCAAAAAAAAUCCUCAGCUACUAGAUGCAGGAAUUACAGGAUAUUUCUUUUUCCAAGAGAAAGAAAAGGAGCUUGGAAAAGCCAAGUUGAUGGGUUUCUUUGAUUUCUUUAAGUACAAGUAUCAAGUUAAUGUGGAUGGGACCGUGGCUGCUUACAGAUAUCCAUAUCUCAUGCUGGGUGACAGUCUGGUUUUAAAGCAGGACUCACCAUAUUAUGAACAUUUCUAUACGGCACUAGAGCCUUGGAAGCAUUAUGUUCCAAUUAAAAGAAAUCUUGGUGAUUUAUUAGAGAAAGUUAAAUGGGCUAAGGAAAAUGAUGAAGAAGCCAAGAAGAUUGCAAAAGAAGGACAACUGAUGGCUAGGGACCUACUACAGCCACACAGGCUUUACUGCUACUAUUACCAAGUACUGCAGAAAUAUGCUGAGCGCCAGUCCAGCAAACCCGAAGUACGUGAUGGAAUGGAACUUGUUCCUCAGCCAGAAGACAGCACAGCCAUCUGCCAGUGCCACAGGAAAAAGCCUUCAAGAGAAGAGCUUUGAGUCAGCCCAGAUUCACACUCUUGUAUAUCCCAGCUACAUCUUUAAGGAAAGAUCAAAUCUAAGCUGUGAAGGACAGUACAGAAGAUUUUACCAAGUGGACUGCUUCUCUCAGUGGCUUUAUAUGUGUAGAUGGAUGUAGCCAUACUGAUUGAGCAUGGCUUAUCUGAAAUGCUUGGGACCAGGAGAGUUUCAGAUUUCAGAUUUGGGGAUAUUUGCAUAUACAUAAUGAGAUAUCUUGGGGAUGAGACCCAAGUCUAAACACAAAAUUCAUUUAUGUUUCAUAUAUACCUUGUAAACAUAUCCUGAAGGUAAUCUUAUAUAAUACUUUUAAUAAUUUUAUGCAUGAAACAAAGUUUGUAUACAUUGAACUGUCAGAAAGCAAAGGUGUCACUAUCUUAGUGACCCAUAUGGUGUCAGCACUCAAAAAGUUUUGGAUUUUGCGGUAUUUCAGAUUUUGGAUUUUUGUAUGAGGGAUGUUCAACCUGUAUUUGAACAAGUAUUACCAAAUAUUUUUGGACAUUAAGAUCUUUUGAGUAAAAACUGCUAUUAUCAGCAUCAUAGUUUCUCUAAAAAGAAAACUUGGGGAUCAUAGCAGAUACAGAGGCUUGCUAAAAUAUAAAUCAGCCUCUGUAAAACUGUUUACAUAUUUAUUGGUUUACGUAUUUUAUUGGUUUAUUUCUAUCCCCUGUUCACUUUUUCUCUUCCACUUCCAAUUAUGAAGAGAAAAUAUUUGUUCAGGGUUUUUUUUCCUCCCUGUCACUGCAUAAUUUCUUCUCUUACAAGCUGCUUUUGGCUUUCAUUAAUAACAGCUUCUUUUAAAAGGUCUGAUAAGGAUAUUUAAGGAAGAAGAGGAUGACUCUGUUACUAAAGGUGGCAUGGAGACUGUGGAGGGAAUAUUUUUUAAAGCACUACUCAUAACUUUUAAACUACAUUUUUCCAAAGCCUGAGACAACAUUAAGGAGAAAUUGUGCCUUAAGCUAGUUAUUCCCAAUCUAUCUGAGUUGUAUACCCAUCAAAGACAAUACAGUUGUUAACAUAGAUGAAGGUAUGCUGGAGUCAUCAUUCAUUAUCUAUAUAUUGAAUAGGUCAAAGAUAACUGUAGGUGAAGCACUUUCAUUAUUUUUAAGCUGAAAAGGGGAUUCUUGAAAACCUCUACAACAAUCUUCAGGAAGCCUGGUAUCUUGGGAUUCAGCAAUAGGCCAACAACUAAGGCAAGCUUCCAUUUCUCACUUCACUACUUUUCUAUUUCACUGGGUGUCAUCGCUAAGACAAAGACUUUGGAAAUUUCCUCUGUCUUUUAGGACAGGGUCAGGAUUUACGACUCAUAGCCUGAUAGCUCAUUACAUAGUCCUUGUAACCAUCAGUCCAAGGUUCAGUUCAGUAAAGCGAUGCUGUAAAACGAGCUAUCUGCAGUCCCAAUUUAAAAAUAUGUACUCUGAAAAUCAAAACUAAAU